AUGAGAAACUGCUGGCGCUUACAGCAGGACUUCUCCAACGUCAGUGUGGAGUAUGAAGCUGAGCUGCCUCCCUUCCCAGAGGGAUACAAAAUCAAACAAGAAGCCGUGAUUACCGUUUCACCGAUGGAAGAAACACUUUUCUGUGGCUUCAGUGCAGAGCACCGUUACCCAUUUCCUCAAUGGGCCACAGACUCACACAUACCUUGCACUCAAAUCAAAUUGGAAACAAUUGAUCCCAAAACCUGUUCCCCCAAAGAAUAUUUGGAAACGUUCAUCUUUCCAGUUCUGCUUCCCGGUAUAGCGAGCCUGCUUCACCAGGCAAAGAAAGAAAAAUGUUUUGAGAGGAAAAGGACCAAAUUCAUUGCCUGUGAUUUUCUGACUGAGUGGUUAUACAAUCAAAAUCCAAAGAGGACAGGGGAGCCGUUCACAGAUUUCUUCUCCAUUCCCUUUGUGGAGCAGUGGCUGAAGCAACACCCGCGGCCGCCCAUCCCACUGUCCCUGCUGCUGACCGAAGAGGAGGCGGCACUGAGCAUCCAGUCCUUCUGGAGAGCCUACCUGGUUCGCUGUGAUCCUGAGAUCCAAGAGCUGCGUCAGUGGCAGAAGAAGCUGCGCGAGGACAAGCACAUCCGUGAGCGGGUCAGACUCUUCUGGGCCAAGCAAGAGCAGAAAGUGAAACAAACCAUGGAGGAGGAGGAGGAGGUGAAGGAGGAAGAGGCUGCUGUCGCCCCGACCUCCGCUCCUUGACCAGGGACCAGGUUCAGGCAGAGUCCAAGUUAUGCUUCCUCUUGUUAUUUCUUUACCAACUAGAUUUAAUGGCUAGAAAACAUAAGACAGCACUUGUUGUAAGUGCAAGUAAUUCGUACUUUACUGGUCUUUCUGCAUUAUCCCUACAUGUUAUUCUUUCAGCCUUCUAUUUCUCCAGUGCCUCAGUGUUCUUCUACACCAGUCGCCUUUAAAAUGUACAACAAGCUCUAGUUGCAAGCAGUGAAGUGUCCUGGUUACCCGUGUCCCACUUCGGCAAAGAGCCAUGUUUAAAUUUAAGUCCCGACCCCUGCGUGGUCUUAGUUUAUCUGGUACCUGCUCUUCACGACAGGCCUUGCUGCCUGCGGUCACUUCCAAAGGAGACGCCUUACCUUCCCACCACCCAGAGGAGUCAGGCCCCACUCCCAGCAGGCUCCUCACUCGGUGGGCAAGCUGAUGGGUGAC